AUAGAUGGACAGGGCACUGGUUUAAAAUGACAGUCUCAAGUUCAUGUGGGAAGAGAAAGCUAGUUCAAAGGAGCAGCCGGGCGAGCCUCCUCUCUCUCGGAAUAACAUUAGCCCCCCUUCCCCAUGGCCCACCUGGGAGCCCACUUCGCCUUUAGGUCCCGCUGGCAGAAGACCGACGAUGACCUCUGCCGACACAGCAUGUCCUUUGUCCUUCACAAAGCCAUUCAAAACGACUUCUUCCAGAGCUAUCUGUACCUGCUGGAAAAAAUCCCCCUGGUGAAAUUGUAUGCCUUAACAAGUCAAGUCAUCAAUGGCGAGAUGCAGUUCUAUGCCAGAGCCAAACUCUUCUACCGAGAGGUACCAGCUACAGAAGAGGGGAUGAUGGGAAAUUUCAUUGAACUGUCCAGCCCGGAUAUCCAGGCCUCUCAGGAAUUUCUUAGGAAAUUUGUUGGGGGGCCCGGGAGAGCUGGGACGGACUGCGCCCUGGACUGCGGCUCUGGGAUAGGAAGGGUCAGCAAGCACGUCCUGCUGCCGGUUUUCAACAGCGUGGAGCUGGUGGACAUGAUGGAGUCCUUCCUCCUCGAGGCCCAGAACUACCUGCAGGUCGAUGGGGACAAGGUGGAAAACUACCACUGCUACGGCCUGCAGGAGUUCACGCCCCCGCCGGGGAGAUACGACGUCAUCUGGAUCCAGUGGGUGUCCGGGUACCUGACCGAUAGAGACCUUCUCGCCUUUCUCUCCCGGUGCCGAGAGGGCCUGAAAGAGCGCGGCGUCAUCAUACUGAAGGACAACGUGGCCCGCGAGGGCUGCGUGUUCGACGCCUCGGACAGCAGCGUGACGCGGGACACGCACAUCCUCGGCAGCCUCAUCCGGGAGAGUGGGCUGGUGGUGCUGGGCCAGGAGAAGCAGGACGGCUUCCCAGAGCAGUGCAUGCCCGUGUGGAUGUUCGCCCUGCGCGGCGACGCGUGCCGCUGACCCGCGGCGCAGGCGGGGGCUGAGAGGCGCGGCGGUGCUCCGGGACGCGGGAGCUCCCCUCCGGGGCGCACCGUCGUCCACGGAGGGACGGCGAGAAGGGACGCAAUGCGUGUGUGGAAACGACGGGUGACGUCGUAUGUACCACUUCCACUCAUUAAAGAAGUCCAUGCAAACGCUCUGGAUUGUCCGAAAGAUAAGUGAAGCGAAACAUCGGGGAAAAAAUGCCGGCUGUGUACCGAAACUGUACGCGUGUGUGCCCAGGAACAGGCGAGGGAGCCACCCGGCCUCGGGCCCUGAAGACGCGCGAGGCAGAGGACGCACUGAGGUCUGACCCCUUCUCUGCCCGCCCUCGGGCCGGUGCGCUGCACGGCCUUCCUCUUCCUGCGGCCACUGCUCUAAAACCGCCCCCUCCCCCGGUACGAAAACACCAAAGGGCUCUUAUGAAAACGAGCCCAUUACUUGUCUUUAGUCUCUCUCUGGACAGAAAAGUACAUGGUUUCCCUUUCUGUUUUGGGUCAGUUCCCCGCCCAGGGAUGUCCUACGCAGGGAAUCUGCUGACCGAAGGCUGCAUUUCUGCGGUGGGGAAGGGGCUCCACUUUCAGGAGAAAGCGUCGUUGCCUUGAACUUGCAGCUGUGCGCAUGCAAGUAAGUGUCACUGGUGAUGCAGUUUUAGCCAGUGGCUCCCGGCGCUGCUUGCCUCCUUGCAGGGCCCCUGGUUCCCUGGCUGGUGUGGAUGCACACGGGACAGAAAAGCGAAAUGAUAAACCUGAAACGUGAACUAGCGGGAUUAAUGUAAGGCACUGGGUAGCUAAA